AAUUUGCCUUUCCUUUAAAGACGCAGGUGCUCAAUUUCGUAUUUUGCUUUCUGCAAAUCCGCAAAACGAAGCAAAAAAAUGAUUUGGGCAUAUCAAAGUCACCGACCUGAUGAAUUGAAUAAAGGCGGUGUGGGACCUGUGACACCAUUACAGCGGCGCCUUUUGCUUUUCAUAUUCUGCAAAAUGGGAGCUUGCAGGUUCCCCUUUCCUCAGUCGUCAAAUGCCGUUCCCUGUGAUCAUAAAAACCCCAACCCUAGCACAUUAUUUGAGAGUGCUAUUUCGAAAACCCUAGAAACAGAGCAAAAGAUCAUCAAGCUUUAACCAUGGUGUUGGCACAGAUCUGGUCUGUAUUAGGUCUCCUGACUGUGUUGCAGAAUGUAUUGCCCUCUCGGCUGGUGCGGCUACUCCAUGGGUGGUGGGAAGGGUUGAAGGAUUUCUACAGCCCUAAUUCGUAUGUGGAGAUCCCGGAAUUCAACGGCUACUGCGGUGUAGACAUGAAUGAGCUUUACAGAAGCGUGCAGAUCUAUCUUAACAGCCUUCAUGCGGCCGCUCAUUCUCGCAGAGUGAGCGUGAGCCGGGCCAAAAAUUCCAGUCAUCUGUCCUACACGCUUGCGCCGGAUCAGACAAUGGAAGACAUUUUCGCCGGCGCUCGUCUCUGGUGGACACACAAUGUCGAUCCAGUCCCAGAUUCACUGGAUGAAAGGCGUAGCUUUACACUCAAAAUGAAGAAACCGGACCGGACUCGAAUUCUCGGCGACUACCUGGAACAUGUGGCGUACUGUGCAGAGGAGUACGACAGCCGGAGCAGAGACCGGAAACUUUACACCAACAAUGGCCAUGGAUCUCAUGACUGCGGUUGGACUGCCGUUCCGUUCCGUCACCCGGCGACAUUUUCGACGCUUGCGUUGGACCCUGAGCUGAUGGACACCAUUAAAGCCGACCUCGACAGCUUUGCGCAGGGGAAGGAUUUUUAUCACAGAGUCGGGCGGGCGUGGAAACGGGGUUAUCUUCUGCACGGCCCGCCCGGAACAGGAAAGUCGAGCCUCAUUGCCGCCAUGGCCAAUUAUCUGCAUUAUGAUGUCUAUGAUCUGGAGCUCACCAAGGUCACCGACAAUUCGGAGCUUCGGGCGCUUCUUAUUCAGACUACUAAUAAAUCUAUUAUUGUCAUUGAGGACAUCGACUGCUCACUGGAUCUCACUGACCGGCUGUCGAAAUUUCCUGCCGGUGCGCCGAGACGACUGGAGAGUACCAAAUCGGUUGAACAUUUGGAGACCGAUGACAGCCGUGUGACUUUAUCAGGACUUCUGAAUUUUACCGAUGGACUCUGGUCUUGCUGCGGUGAGGAGCGCAUCAUAGUCUUUACUACAAAUCACAAGGACAAUGUCGAUCCUGCUUUGAUCAGAUCCGGCAGAAUGGACAUGCAUAUUUUGCUCUCAAAUUGUGGCUUCCCUGCCUUUAAAUGCCUGGCUUUUAACUAUUUAGGAAUUGAAGAACACAACCUGUUUCCUGUUAUUGAACAGAGCAUACAAGCAGGGGGUGCCCUCACGCCUGCCGAGAUUAGCGAGAUUCUGAUAAAGCACAAGCAUCAGGAUCCUUUUCUGGCGCUCAAGGCCGUGGUUUCUGCUCUGCAUCUCAGUAUUGUAAGAAAAUGCGAGGAUUUUGAGGAGCCAUUUGAAGAAGAGGAGGUGCCUUUAAAUAAAGGGGAAGAACAGAAUGCAGAUGUUGCAAAUGGAGACAUUGUUGAUGUCUUUGUUAAUGACCGUCACGCAGACAAUCCUCGCGCAGUUAGGAAUCCCAAAACCCUAACCUGGCAGAGAAAGGUGCGUUAUCUUAUCAGGACGAAGAAAAUGUCUGAACAGCGCCGCUUAAAUCAAUUACUUUGAGAUUAGUGCAAAGCAAUCAGUAGGAGGUGAGAUUGAUGAUCUUUGUCACCUCACUGGAAAGCCAUGGGAUGAUGAAGCGUUGUACAUUCAUGUCUGCAAAUUCUGUGCUCAACAAUUUCAUAGCCGCUUUCAUACCAUUCGAUGUAUGGAUCGCGUCAAUCCGUUCUAAAUUCUUUGUAACAAAUCUGCUCUGUUCUUACCUCAGAUUUUUUCCAUAACCUUGCCUAAUUAUCUGAUUUCCUUAGAAUCCCUUAGAAUAUGUUCACUAAGCUGCUUGAGUUUCUCACAAAUUAUUUGAAAUUUGUAACUGACAUUCUUUCGGCUAAAAAUGUUUCCCAUACAUCAU